CAGUCCAGUUUCAGCAGACAGAAGCCACAAAAAUAAGAUCCUCAAGGCUGGUCGACUGAUCCGGAAUACGCUGCUGCCCAUAGCAGUGAGAGCAGACGCAGCUCGCGACAUCGGGAUAUUAAGUUACACAGGAGGUUAUGAACAUGCAGCUCAAGCAGCAGACACGUACAUGGCAAGCAUGGUGGAGCUCCUGAAAACACCUGACCUUACGGAUCAGCACAUCAUUCAACUUCUUGAAGGCCUCAGUGCAAUCUGCUACCUCCACGUCGCCAACCAAGACAAGGCACAAGCACUUAGGCUCCCUGACACCCUGCUGGAGUUUGUAUCUCCAACCAGCAAACUCUCCUUUACAUCACAGCGCUGGAGCUGCUACCUGCUCAACAUCCUCUGUUGCCACAACAUCCCGAUCAUCUGCCACCUCAAGGACUCGGAGGCCCUGCAGUCGAGUCUGGAGAAACUGGCAAGUCUGGACUGGGAGAAAUGGCCAUUAAACUACGCUCAGGAGCUUCUCCAGGUUUUAGGAUUCCAGCAGAACUCGAUGAAAGAUGCUUUGCAUGAGGAAGAUGAGCUGAAGGGCUGCACUUACACCAAAAGUGGUCACAUGUUAGGUAAACCAUUAAAAAGCAUGUGUACAAAAUAUGAGUUUAUUUCCAUUGUAUGCAUUCAAUUUUACAUUUGUACACUGGCAGUGAACAUGCACAUUAACUACAUGUACUGAAAAUGAAAGCUCAUUUACAGCAAGGGUAAAAGUAUUAAAACAAAAAGGUGCAUCUGUUCUCAAAGGCAAAGAAACUUUAAGAAAAAAAAAAAAAAAGUCCAUAAUAGUUCAUUAUUUUCCAGGUGG